AUGAACGAACUAGAAAAGGUGGAAAACCACCAUGCCACUCACGACGUAGAUAUCGAAAAGGGUCAGUUCAGCGGUAGCCAUGGAACAAGCGGUUCAACCACGCCUCAGGUCGCCCACUCCGCGACAGCACAAAACGCGAAGGAGAAAGACCUCGAUUCCGCGUCAUCAUCCCAAAUAGAAGACGACAUCGGUUUCGCGCCCAUCUCAACCCGCAAAUCGCACCACAUCUCGCGCUCUCGCUCCAACAACGGCUUCGGCGUAGACGACCUAGACGAUGAAGCCGAGAUGGAGGAAGAAGCUGACCAAGAGGCAGCAGCCCGCCAAGGCGCCGGCGAGACGGUGGACGAAGAGAAGCGUUUCGAGGUCGGCUGGGAAGGAGGCGACUCGGACCCUUUGAACCCGCGGAGCAUGCCGACCUGGCGGAAGUGGAUCAUCAUCGCGGUGCUGAGCAUCGGCUCCUUCGCCGUGACGCACGCCUCGGCCAUCUACACGUCCACGUACACGCAGAUGAACGCCGAGUUCCACUGCAGUCGCGAAGUAGCGACGCUUGGGCUCUCGUUCUUCGUGCUGGGCAUCGCGCUGGGUCCGUUCUGGUCGCCGUUGGCCGAGUUCUACGGCCGGAGGCCCAUCUAUAUUUGCUCGUUUGUUGGAUUUCUGAUCUGGUUGAUCCCUAGUGCGGUGGCCAAGAACAUCCAGACCAUGCUUAUUGCGAGGUUCUUUCAGGGCCUGGCGGGUGCUGCCUUUUUGAGCGUGUCGGGUGGCACGGUGGGUGAUUUGUUCACUAGGGAUAAGUUCCAGUUGCCCAUGGCCAUCUUUGCGUUGUCGCCGUUUAUUGGACCGGCGACGGGGCCGUUGGUGGGAGGACUGAUCAACACCUUCACGACCUGGAGGUGGACGUAUUAUUUCUUGAUCAUUUGGGCCGGAGUGUUGCUGGCUUGUGUUGUGGUGCUGGUGCCGGAAACAUAUCACCCCAUCCUCCUAAAGCGCAAGGCCGCUAACCUCCGGAAGACCACCGGCGACAACCGCUACCACGCCCCCAUCGAGCGCAACACCAAGUCCGUCGCCUCCACCCUUGGCAACGCCCUCCUGCGACCGUUUCAGCUACUCAUGCUUGAGCCCAUGAUUCUCAUGUUGGAUCUCUACUCCGCGGUUCUCCUGGGCGUUUUGUAUCUUUUCUUCGGCGCAUUCCCCCUCGUCUUCCGCACCAACUACGGCUUCAAUCUCUGGCAGGUCGGACUCACCUUCAUAGGCCUCGGCGUGUCCAUGGUCCUGGCCGCCUUCAUCACUCCCGUCUGGACGCGCAUUAGAAAUGGCCUGGCCGAGAAGCGAUUCAAGAAGACUGGGAUCAUGAAGGGCGAGCCUGAGGACCAGCUGCCGCCCGUGAUUGUUGGUGCCCCGCUCAUCACGGGCGGUCUGUUCAUGUUCGGGUUUAGCACGUAUCCGUGGGUGCAUUGGAUCGUGCCUAUCAUUGGGUCGUCAAUCUUUGGUCUGGGGUAA